GAACAACUUCAGGACAACCUCAACAAACUGAAACGUCUGGCAGCGGAACGAGGCCGUAACCUGGAGCAGUCGAAGAGACUGCACGCCUACAUGCGCGAAGCGGAGGAGUUCGAAGCUUGGAUACAGGAACAGAUGUUGACGGCCUCCUCAGAGGAGUACGGACAGGAUUAUGAGCAUUUGGAGAUUUUACGCAGCAAGUUUGAUGAGUUCAAGAGGAAAGUGGAGGCUGGCUCUGAGCGGUUUAAUCGUUGUGAGAGACAGGCUAAGUACCUGAUGGAGGACCGCGGCUCGCACACCGCAGAGGUGACCGCCAGACAGGAGAAAGUCAGGAGAAAAACUCGAGUAUUCCUGAUGAUCUGGGCAGGGACUACAACUCUACUCUGACUUUCCUGAAGAAACACGAAGCUUUUGAGAAUGAGUUAGUGGCCUUGGAAGGACAGCUCCAAGUGCUGAUAGACGACUCGACCCGGCUCCAAGAGGCCUACCCGGGUGAGAACGCCGAGCAGAUAGAGCAGCUCCAGGCGGCCGUAGUGGACGACUGGACAGAGCUACAGACCAAGGCUGACCACAGGAAGGCCUUGCUGCUGGCAGCUGCCGAUCUGCACAAGUUCAUGGCCAGUGCCAGAGAUCUGCUGGACUGGGCCAAAGAGACAGAAGCAGAGAUGAAGAUGGACCAUAAUGUGCGGGACGUGAACGGGGCGGACCUGCUUCGUCAGAGACACGAGGAGAUCAGAGCCGAGAUAGAAGCCCGCCAAGACACGUUUGACUCUGUGAUUGGCACGGGAGACGCUCUGGUCAAGAAUGACCACUACGCCAAGGACGAGGUCAAGGCCAAGGUGGGCCAGGUGCAGCGAGCCCGUCAACAGCUACAGAACACCUGGCAGGAGAGGAAGGACCUGUACGACCAAGUCUACGACCUACACGUGUUUCUGCGUGACACAGAGCUUUUGAACCGCAUCAGCUCUACACAGGAGGCGUACCUCCAGAAUCCCGACACAGGGGAGAGUGUGGAGCAGGUGGAGGGAUUGCUCCGCAAACACGAGGCCUUCCAGAAGGUUCUGGAGAACCAGAACGAAAAGCUGACUGGAAUCACAGAGCACGGUCAACAACUAGUGGACAGUCAACAUUUCGAGGCUCCCAACGUCAAAAGGACAGUAGCGGAGGUCACCUCAAGACGUAAAAACAUCCAGACACUGUCUGCUCAGAAACAUGGCAACCUGUCGGACUCUCUGCUGUAUCAGCAGUACUGUCGAGACGAGAACGAGACUGAGAGCUGGAUUGACGACAAGUUGAAAGUUGCCUACGAGGACGACUUCAAGGACGUGACCGAUCUCUACGACAAGAUGAAGAAACUGCAGAAGCACCAGGCCUUCCACGGGGAGAUUGUGGCCAACACUGACCGCAUCAACAGCAUCAAACAGGUCGGGGAGCUCUUGAUCCAGAAGAGACACCGGGCCAAGGGGGAGAUACAGCAGAGCCUCCAGCGAUUGACAGGGAAGUGGGAGGAGCUACUCCGUGCCUCAGCCAAUCGCGGCAAAGGUCUGGAAGAGGCCAAAGAUAUCCUUGAGUUUAUGGAGCAAGUGGACAAAGUGUUGGUGUGGAUCAGAGAGAAGGAGACACUGGUCCAGCAGAAUGACCUUGGCAAAGACUACGAGCACUGCCUGGAGCUGAGGAAAAAGGCCAACGACCUGGAGUCUGCGGGUAUCACCGUCGACGACAAAAGGAUCAAAGCCAUCAACUCUCUGGCCGACCGACUCAUCUCUCAAGGACGGACCGACACCAUUCAGGUCAAGGAGAAGAGGGCGCUCAUGAAUGAAAAGUGGAAUAACCUCCAGGGGGCGCUGAACGACUACAAAUCCCGUCUGGCCGCGGCCCUGGAGAUCCACGCAUUUAUCCGCGACGUGGAUGACAUGAACGAGAGAAUCCAUGAGAAGGAGAAGCUGCUGUCUGUGGAGGACCUGGGCAAGGACUUGACCGCUGUCCAGGCCCUACAGAGGAAACAGGAGGAGGUGGAGAGGGACAUGACUGCCCUGCAGAAUCAGCUGGAGAAAAUGGAGACCCAGGCAGGCAAGCUGUGCCAGAAGUAUCGGGACCGGGCCCAGGAGAUUGAGCUGAAGAAACAGGAGGCAGAGGACAACUGGGAGAGGCUGGAGGACUUGUCUGAUGCCAGAAAAGCGAAGUUGGCCGAGUCGUACCAGCUGCAGAAGUUCUUGUCUGACGCCAGAGAGCUGAUCAACUGGUCCAAUGACAUGAUCACCCGCAUGAACGAGGAGGAACUGGCUAAGGACGUGACAGAGGCCGAGAAUAUGCUACAGAUGCAUCAUGAGAGGAAGAUGUUUAAAGAAACGGCAGAACAAGCUGACAGCUGGCUGGGGACGAAGGAGGCUUUCCUGGCCAACGAAGAUGUUGGGAACACACUUUACAGUGUGGAGAGCCUGAUGAAGAAGCAUGAGGGCUUCGAGAAGACCACACAGGCUCAAGAGGACCGCAUUGAGGAGCUCAAACAGUUUGCGUCAGACCUGAGCGAGGAUAGCCACUACGCCACCGACGAGAUCAACUCCAGAUGCCAGGCCGUGCUUACUCGCAGGAAGCGGGUCUGGGAGACUUCGGGAACUAGGAAGAAGACUCUGGAAGAUUCCAGAAACUACCAGCUGUUCUUGAGGAAUCUGUAUGAGGUGUCUGGCUGGAUCAAUGAGAAGCUGCAGGUGGCCUUGGAUGAGUCGUACAGAGACCCCACGAACCUGCAGGCCAAGCUACAGAAGCACUCGGCCUUUGAGGCUGAACUGUCCGCUAACAGGAACAGGGUGGACUCCGUGGUGGAGGAGGGCCAAGGCCUUGUAAACCAGAGACAUUACGCGUCCGCUGACAUCCGCAAGAAGCUGGAGGAACUAGAGCUCCAGUGGCAGGCACUCAUCGCGUCCAGCGCCGAGAAGAAAGACCGACUGCAGGAUGCCCACCAGGCCAUGCUCUUUAACAGAGUGGUCACUGACCUGGUGGUAUGGAUGGACGAGGUGGAGAACCAGCUGAUGUCGGAGGACCAUGGCAAGGAUCUCAGCUCUGUCAACUCUCUGCUCAACAAACACCAGCAACUUGAGCAAGACAUGGGCUCCCACAAGGAGAAAGUGACGGAUGUAAUGGACGCGGCACAGGUGUUCAAGGAGGCUAAACACUUCAUGAACAAAGACCUGCAGGCCAGCGCCAGGGAAAUCUCAGAGAGAUACAACUCUUUGUAUGACCCCUGCCACACCCGCAAAGAGAACCUGGAGGAGGCCCGCAGGAUGUACCAGUUUUUCCGCGACGUCGAGGAUGAGCUGUCGUGGAUCCAGGACCGACGCCCACUGGCCGAGACCCAGGACCUGGGUAACUCUCUGUCGGCCGUGCAGAACCUCAUGAAGAAACACCAGUUCUACACCGAGGUUAGCGAGCUGGAGCAGUGGAUGAAGGAGAAACUUCCUCAGCUGACCAGCUCUGACCUGGGCAAGGACCAGGACUCUGUGCAGGCCCUCACAAAGAAGUUGGAUGCUUUGGAGAGGGACAUUGACAACUUUGCCAACAGCAUUGGGGAGUUGUCUGCCCUUAGCCGCACCCUGACAGACCGCGGCCAUUAUGAUUCAGAGAACAUUGCACGCACUCAGGCGGAGAUAGAGCGCCAGUACUCCCAGCUGCAGGACCUGACCACACAGCGCAGGAAAAAGCUGUUGGACAGCAAAAAGCUGUACGAGUUCUACCACGAGGCAGACGUGCUGGAGUCCUGGCUGGCGGACCGCACGGUCAUCGCGUCAUCUGAGGACUACGGACAGGACCUGGAACACGUGGAGGUGCUCCAACAACGGUUUGAGGACUUCCUUCAUGACCUGACCACCAACGAGGAGAGAGUGACCAGCGUCCUGGGCCGGGCCAAAGCCAUGCUGGACAACGGUCACUUCGAGGCGGCGGGCAUCCAGGCUAGGACCCAGAACAUCGAGACACAGUGGGAGGAGCUGAAGGAGAUCUCACAGGCUAGACAGGAUGCUCUGGGCGGGGCCAAAGAGGUGCACAUGUACUGCCGGGAUGCGGAUGACACUCUGGAGUGGAUCCAGGAGAAAGACCUGGUGGUCAGCAGUGACGACUUCGGACACGACCUUGAGAGUAGCCAGGCGCUCAUCAGCCGCCACGAGGGCUUAGAGCGAGACAUGGCGGCCAUCAGUGACCAGGUAGAGAGCAUCACCAAAGAGGCGGAGCGACUCAUCUCCACCUUCCCCGACGCCCAGGAGCACAUCGCGGCCAAGCACGAGGAGAUGGUCGGGGCCUGGAACGUGCUGGUGGAGAAGGCUGGACACAGGAAGGAGAAACUGACCCAGGCAGAGCAGCUGCAGAUGUACUUUAAUGACUACAGGGAGCUCACAAACUCCGUCACGAGAUCGAGCAGAUCGAGGCGUGGAUGAGUCUCCGAGAGCCGCUGCUCAAGGGCAAGAACGGUGGCUCCAUAGAGGAAGUGGAGGAGCUGCUGAGGAGGCACGCCGACUUUGAGAAGACAGUGGACGCUCAGGGUAGCAGGGUGAACAACUUGUGUAAAGACAAGGUAAGUGUUAGAGUGAAGGUGAGGGUGAACAACUUGUGUAAAGACAAGGUGGAGAAGGCUGUGGCUGAGCAGAAGCUUCUGGAACAACAGCAGCAGGUGGAGGAUGAGGCCAGGAGGGAGAAGGACAGACUGGAUGAGCUACGGAAGAAGGAACAGGACCGGAUUCUGGAGGCCCACCAAGUCGAGAGGAGAAAAGAGGAAGAGCAGAGGAAGGCUAAGGAGGUGUUACUGAGAAGACAGAAGGAAGAGAAUGGAGAGGAUGACAGGAGGAAUGAAGACAGACUGGACCGCUCCACGGUCAAGAAUCUCAUCGGACGAUCUCAGAGCAUCAAAAUGACGGUCCGGCCCGAUGGGUCAAAGUCAGAUAUCCAGCGAGCGGUCAGCUUCCGGGCCCGCAGUGAUCAGCCCACCUCCCCGACAGUCUCCCUACAGAAGGCAGCUAACUUCAGACAGGCGAGUGUGGACGACCAAUAUUCCCCCACCUCAGAGAGAGGCCGCUCCCCACCUUCCCGCUCCCCUCCUCCCGUGGAAGAAACCGCGGAAACAACGCUACCCUCCUCCCCUGCCGCCGAUACAUCAUCACUGGCCGAGGAAGACGACAGCCCCGCCCCCGCCCUGCCCCAUGCCCCGCCCCCGAUGUCCUCCCCACCCAAACAGCAGCGAGCGUCUAGCCCGGAGGAUGGAAGAGCUACGUCACCGUCCUACUCCAAGCGUGGUGGCCUCUCCCCUCCCCUCAGCCCCACUGGCAUGAUGAAUAAACGAGUGGAUUUGGUGAAAGAAGAGAGCAAGAAGACAAAGCGAACCCCAAGCUUCAACAUCCGACGCCGGACGCGCAGCUUCAAGGACAAAUACAAGCUCCCCGAGAACCUGCCCCCGGCUGAGCUGGAGGGUCUGGUGGACCGCAAGCAGGAGCUGCAGGCCGGUGGGAAGAAGGCUACCAUCAGGUCAUGGAAGAACUACUACACCGUGCUCUUUGGCCAGCUCAUCUGCUUCUUCAAGGACAAGGAAGGAUUUGUGGAGAGCCAGGCAGCGGCCCCUCCCCUCAACAUUCACCGCUCCCAGAGCGAAGUGGCUGCGGACUACACCAAGAAGCAGCACGUGCUGAGGCUGCGACUGCACGACGGUGCUGAGUACCUGCUGGAGUUCCCAUCGCCCGACACCAUGCGGCUGUGGCAGCAGAAGAUACAGUACUACUCAGACCAGGAAUCUAUGUUCGACUCUCUCAAUCUGGCUCUCCCUGAGCCCUCGGCGGACGAAGAUCUGGACCCCUCAGAGCAGUUUGCGCGAUCCUCCUAUCAGGGGCAAGAGGCUCGUGACGUGAGCCCUCCCCCUCCGUCCCACCUCCCCCCUGCUGACCAACCACCUACAGCAGCCACCAGCACAAACUCCGCCUCCUUCACCUCUGGGCCGGCCCCACCCCCGCCUGGCCCCGCCCCGCCACAGCCGAUGCCGCGGACGAUAGAGCACGUGAUCUCCUCUGAUGUGUCCACGGUAGCAGCAGCAGACGACCGCUCACCGGCCCACUCCAGGACUUCCAGUCUUCCCUCCAACAAUUCAGAGGAUGACUACCAGCAGCAACCUUUAGGGGAGGAGUAUGGGCAAGAGAAGGAUUCUUCUUUCGACGAAGAAGUUCAGUACCGGGCAAGACAGCCAGGUGGAGCAUCCUCCAGCCGCCCAGCGUCCGAGUACGUUAUGUCCUCCUCCAGACAAGAGGACAUGCAGGACAAGGAGAAGAGGAAGAGCCAUGGUGGAGUCUUCGGCUUCCUCAAGAAGAAGAAGGACAAAGAGCAUAAAGAACAUAAAGAGAAAGAACACAAGAAGGAAAAGUCCACGCACGUCUAAAAAUAGAUGUUGAGAGAAUGAAGUUCAUGUCAUCCACGGGGACGAAUCAAAAUUAAUUUCCUUUUAAGAUGAGAUCUGAUUAAAGAAAUAAGAUGUACUUUACUGUGCUUCCAUUAGAAGAAACUUUGGGAGAUAAGAUAAAAGAGACUUUAUUUAUCCUCCUAUAGAAGAAAUUGACGGUGUUUCUGUUGGCUUCCAUUUUGGUUCUACAUGAUUUUCUUUUUUCAAAUUAAAAUUGUCACCAGAUAUCACAGAGAGAAAGAAGUAAACACAUUUUUGCAAACAGGCCUUUGUAGUGUAAUAGUUAGGCUGUUUGCCGAAGAUGCGUGUUUAAUGAAACUACAUGCUGUUUAUAAGGUUCAGCAGCUCGAUAUUGUGCCUGUUACUCCUAAUAUUUUGUCCUGAUAAGGACUCGCUUUCAAGGAAAAAAAAAACAGAUGCAAAUGACAAACCCCGUGGGUGACAGAAAAUGGUUGGAGAAUAACUGAAUACGCGUGAGACUGAAGAAGAACAGACGUUGUUACGGUACAAAUUGAUCAAAAUGUUUAUUCUCUGUGUUCUUCCUCCACUCAUAUCUAUCAAUAAACUGAAACUGAACAAAUAAUUUACAACAAUUACUAUUUAAAAUUAUAUUCAUACCUGACCUGUAAUGUCUUAUACUGAAGUCUAUCCAGAAAAAGCUUUCUACUGUUAAAUUAUUUCACUGUGUAAGUUUCUUAUAUGAUGAUAAUAAUAACACGUUAUUACGGCAAAUCGUUUAUAAACACUAGUUAAAAUUAAGUUUAAUAUUUCCCCCCCCCCUCAAAGGCAGGAAGUUGGUCUGCCAUCGUAUACUUUGUUUUGUCGGAGGAUUCUCAGUUAAGCCAAUUGUCUGUUCUUAUUGAUUGAAUGAAAAGAUAAGAUGAUCUGUCUUAUAUUAAGUUAUAUUACAAUAAUCUGCUUUUGAGCGUGUGUGAUUUUUUUUUUUUUUCCUGAACCUGCAACCCGUUAUGCAAGAUUGUUAUCGAAUUUUCAAUAGUUGUUUGUUUUAUUAUGUGGUAACAUUGAUAUAAUAUUUGUCUCCAAAAGUAUGUCUCAGUGACGGUAGAGUAUGUUUUUAUAUAAAUACAUUACAUAUAUUAUAUAUAUAUAUAUAUAUAUAACAAAUAACUUUUGCUUUCGAUUGGAUGGUAGUUUUCUGUGUUGUUAUUAUCAUUACGCAAUGUGACUGUAGAGAUGUAUCUUUGUUGGUGUGCACACACUCAGUAACGUCCUGCCCUGUGUUAGAGGCUGGAGAUUUCUCAGUUUAUUACCACUUGAUUCUUCAAGUCCAAAUUUGGCCAAAUUUGAAAGUUUUUGAGUCCAGUUCAGAAAUAUUCUACAGGUUGUGUUACAGAAACAGCCCUUUGUAUCACUAGGGACAUUUCUUAGGUCUCACAGACUGACCACAGAGACAGAAAUAAGAUGGAAGGAGGACCGGUUGAUUAGGAGAAGAUGAAAAAAUGGACCUGUGAUAGUUGAGAAUUAGAGAAACUAACAGCUGAUUCAACAAGAAUCGUGGCCUGUACCAGUACGCAACAAACUGUCUGAAACCUGUUCUGUAUUCUAAUUAUGGUUUUGCUAACUACCAGUAUUGAUAGUUUCCGGCACCACCGAGAACCUGAUAAAUCUGUGUGUUUGGUCUACAUCUGUUUCAACAAAGUACAAUGUUAUGUAAUAGAUCUAGCUUAGUUUGAGCCAUCUCAGCUUUCUAUGAAGGACAUUUAUCUUGAAAAAUGAGAUAAGAUGAUACUUGGUUGUUGCCUGUGGGAAGUUUGGAAGUUUAGGAAAAGGUUCUGAGAGGCAGGAAAAGGGACAGGUUUGUAGUAAGAAAAUUGUGGGCAUUUCAGUGUAGAGAUGCGUUUUAUCAUUAUCAAGCUCUUUGGAGGACCGCAUGGCCUUUCACCUGUUUUUGUGCAUGCUGGUGAGAUAUAUAUAUAUAUAGCCAUGACUCCGAGUAUUUGGCUUUGGUGUACGAUGUACUUAAUUAAAGGUAGGCGAAAUAAUGGAGAAUAUGACCGGCCUUAUUUAUGAAAUAAUAUUAUUUAUAAUAUUGUUAGACAUUACGUUUAAUGUGUCACUGCAAUGUACUACCAGUACAUAUUUUUCUACUGUUCAACUGGGCUUGUUUUUUUUGUUUUUUGUGUUUUGUUUUAAGGGAUUGCUGUUGUUGUUUUUUGUAACCUUGUGCCUGUACAUUGUAAUCUGCAUACAGCGUAAAAACAUGUGGUCCACAUUCAGGGACUAGUUGGAAAACGGCGCAGAUAAAAAGCAUAAUAACAUGGACCCUGUAUCAGAGGCCGAGAGAGCCGCGUUGUUUCAAAGGACGCCUCUGGUGUAGUCUCUCCGUUGUCUACGUUACCGAUAUAUAGUAGAAGAAUGCUUUCUUUUUAGUUAUAGCCUUCUAAUUUUUUGUCUCUGACUGUGCUAGCGUAGGAUCUGCUUGAUAACACACAGAGGUAAAGCAUAGCUUGUUGUUUUCUGGAUGUUUUCUUUUGGUGAUGACCAGCGUGUUGUGUUCAUGACCCGUGCGUGAGAAAGUGGUGGCCAUGCUGCCUGCAUUAUGGUGAGGGCAACGACGUUAUAGGCGCUCUCUCAUUCUCUUUGUUUACUAAUCGCUUUGUGUUCCUGCUUGUAAUUUUUCUUUCAUUUAUUUUUGUUUUUAAACUUCAAUUCAACGUUGUUGUGAUGCAAUCAUCUCAUCUGCAUUUCUGCUUUGUAUUUCACCAGCUGCUUAUAGUUUUGAAUGCCGCACCCCCCUCCCCCACCUUCAUCUUUUUCUCUCUCUCUUUUUAUCCCUGCCCCACUCGUCGCUAGCUACUAUAGUCUGUUAAAUUAGUAUGACUAGUUGGAUCUCAUAAUCAUAUUCUUCUGUAAGAACAAGAGCAUGUUCUAUACAUGAGACCUGGUCAAAGUUCCACUUGACUGACUGUGGUUUAAACUGGCCCUAUUCAAAUUAAAGAAACAAAAGCCAGUUCUCAUGUAAAACUUUCUGCCGUUGGUUUGGUUUUUUUAUAUAUUUUGCCUGUUUUUGACUCCUUUGUUUGUAGACUUUUUCUUCAACUUAGAAAUGACAGGUCGGUCUUAUUUAAUUUCUUUGUGGCGGUUAGUCCACCUGCUUCCUCUUGUUCAUCUCUAUGCAAUGACUGUUGGUUAUAAUUAUAAUUAGCUUGUUUUACGUGUAACAUAACAGUCAAUUAACAUACUUGUGUUAAGAAAAAAUCGUGAGCUCCACUUUACGUAUAUAUAUAUUCUAGAAGUUAUUCGUCGACAUUUGCUAUAUAUUCUAUGUUGAAGAGCCGCCUUAUACGUUCAAAGUUUUUGGCCACUAAAACUUCCAUUGUUUUCAAACAUUUAAUAAGACACAUUCCGUGAAGAAGUGGGUCCAUUUCUUCCAGUAUCUAUGACCUAAGCAUAUAUUGAGGGUUGUCUGUGCAAUGUCCUCAUUGCUGGUUUUAUCAACCGGGGCGCAAUAAGAUUUAAUUUCAAACGUUUCCUUUGUUUUCGUAACUGCCAUAUUUUAUACUCCUUGUGAAUUGUUAACUUUUAAUGUAGCAUACCAGUUGCUUUGUAUGAAUUUAGACUCAGCUCUAUUUAAAAAGUGACAACUUGUUUUACUAUAUAUAUCAGAGAAAGGUAACUGUUCUAUUUGGUUCUUUAGCUUUGUGAACAUAUGCCUCCAAAUAUGUGUGGUGCCUAACAAUAAGAUCUUGGCAAGUAUUCUUACCGAGUCAUAAGUCAUAAGUCACACCGCUGAGUCCAAAGUCACACUGUAAUUUCAAUAGUCAGCUUUGGAUCAGCUGACCAGCAUGAACUUGAACACAUAAUUAUAUAGAGAUACAUAUCCAAAAACUAUAUGACAAUAAGAACUUUAAACAUCGAAACAUUACUCCGAGACUAGUAGAUCGUAUGCACAGGUGUUCCUAGGCAAUAAUUGUUUGGAGCAUGUUCACUUUGACAAGGCUUUCGGAACUCUCUUCUUUUCUUUUUCCGUUCAUAAGUUAUUGCAUUGUUAUUAUUGAAAGCAUUCUAAACUCUUUUUUCUUAUUUCCAUUCAUUAGCUAUUAUUAUAUUCAUCAUGCUUGACUAUUUGUUUGUCUUUUACACUUGAUGCAAAGAUAAAGAUUUGCCUCACAUGGUUAGUAGUUAACUGAUCAUGCAGUAAAUCAUCUUUUCUUUCGUUUGUUCUUUUUAAAAAAUUGUUCUUUUAUUUUAUAAUCAAGGGCUUAACAUGACAACCGAGACAUAGGAUUGUCUUUCUUGUUGUUGUCCAGACAGAUGAAGAAAGCUUUGUUGUACUCUGUGUAUCGUCAUAGACAUAAGCUCCUAUGAUUGGACAUACUCCUUGAACAGAAUAAAAAUUACACGUAUUUACAC